AUGCGGAGAAAGUCGCCCGAAUCGGACAGCUACCGGACCGGUGCCCAACAGCUUCAGGCGCCACACACCGUCAUCUUGUGCUCGUUUCCGACAACGAGUAGAAUCGCUCCCGAUCGCCGCUCCCCUCGGCAGCAAAAGCCCAUGCCGGCUGGCUGUAGGACGGCCGCCAUGGAGUUGGUCAAUCUGCCGACAGAGCUGCUGAUGUACGUUGCCGAGGCGCUUGACCGAGACAGAGACAUCAACGCCUUCUGCCGCGUCAACCGGCGCUUCUACCACCUCGCCGUGGCCUACCUGUACCGGCACAACGCGACGGCCUCGCAGGCCGGCACAAGCGCAAUCCUCUGGGCUGCCAAGCAUGAGAACGUGUCGACGGCCGAAAGGGCCCUGCGGGCCGGCGUCGACGUCAACGUGCCCCAAGGCCCCGCGGGCGUCCUGCCCCUCGUCGAGGCUACGCGUUUCGGAAACGCCCGCAUGGUCCGGCUGCUUCUGGAGAAGGGCGGCGCUGCCGCCAACGUGCUGCACGGCAAGGCAGGGACGGUCCUCCACACUGCCGCGGUGCGAUGGGACAUGGCCACGGCAACGGCGCUGCUGGAGCACGGCGCCAACGUCGAUGAGCGGCGCCUCGACACCGGAGAGACGCCGCUCCAUGCGGCCAUCAACUCGGGCGCCAUCAUGACGGGCGGCGCCACCGAGAUGCUCCGCCUGCUCCUGGACCACGGCGCCGACUUUGCGGCAACCAACUUUGCCGACGCGACGCCGCUACACUGCGCCGCCUCCUGCGGCAACAUUACCGCCCUCGGCAUCCUGUUCGACUACGGCGCCGGCGCUAUCCUCUCGUCGCCGAGGACGCACGACGAGACGCCAUUGCACGCUGCUAUUCGGGCCAGACAGGAGGAGGCCGCCAGAGUCCUGAUACAGCUCGGCGCCGACGUCGAAGCCACCGACGCCUUCGGCAGCACGGUGUUUGAUCACGCCUUGAGCUAUGCAUGCCCGUCCGUCCUCAAGAUGCUCCUCGAAAAGGGCGUCAAUGUCGGAUCUCAGGAUCCAGGCCCCAACGAGGUGCUGGUCAGAGCCGCCUGGGGCAGGAACGCAGCCGUCGUAAAGGUCUUGAUCGACCAUGGUGGUGGUAGCAUCGACGUGUCGGUGGGAGCAAAGGCCAUGUCCAUGGCCAUCGUGGGAGGCAAUGCUGAAGUCCUCCAGGCCCUGAUUGACGCCGGCGCUGAUAUCCACACCCAGGGCGAAUGGAAGGGAAGGCUUGUGCUGCACCACGCCGCGAUGACGGGCCAAGCCCACGUGGUCGGCGUGCUGUUACGCAACGGCGCCGACGUAAAUGCGAGAGACGGCACGAACCGCACGGCCCUGCAUUGGGCGGUUGACUGGCCCGAAGUUGUAGAGGUCUUGCUGGCUCACGGCGCCGACGCGACAAUUGUGUCCGAUGAUGGGCAGACCCCGGUGGAUCGUGCAAGGUCGAGCUCGCGGGGCCUCCAGGCCUAUGAAAUGUUAUUAUCGAGUCGUGCUGCUGUUGGUGGGUGA